UCAAAUAAUUACUAUUACUUAACGCAAUGGAAGAUAUUAUGCAAGAAAUUGGGCCAACAGCUAAAGUACCUGUCCAUCGGUGGGCUGACCGCUUUGGAUCAGUUGGCGAUCGAUAUAUUAUUAAAUUAUUGCAAUAAUUUAGAUGAACUUCGCAUCAACAACGAAAUCGAUAUUAUCUCCUAUUUAUCUAUAAUUAGACAAACGGUUAAACGGAUUCAUAUCGACUGCGAGACCGGCAUUGGAUUAGAUUGUAUAUCCCUUUUGGCGUUUAGACACUAUGCAGAGAAAGUCAUACAUUUAGGAAGGGUAGACGUGGAGCCGGAGCUCAUCGAUUCUGUCAUAUCGACGAUUGGCAGCAAUUUCUCAAACCUAAAGUGUCUGUCAAUACGACUGCGAAACUUCGACAUCGAUGUGUCCACACCCGCGGACUUCCUCUUUGAUCAGUUGGAAGAGUUGAGCCUCCAGUUCGUCAACGGCAACGUCGACCUCCCUUUCCAGCGUAUUAUAGCCCUGGGCUGGACGACCAUCAAGUGCUUGACCAUACAGUACGCGUCCCUUACAAGAGAAUCGGUCGAUGAGAUUAUCAGACAAUUACCACAAUUACAGAAACUCGUGUUACACGCCAUUGAGUUCCGGUGCGACCAUCUCAGCAAAAGGUAUGGGCACCGGCUGUGCGUGGAGUGCGGGCGCCACUGUUGGAAAGCCAUGAGUCGUCUAACAAAACUGAAACAUUUAAAACUUCAUCGCAUUAUAAUCGACGACGAGAUCUGCGCCGCCAUCCAAACGAUGAGUGAAUUGCGUUCACUAGACCUCCACUACUGCUCCAACGUUAACGAGACUAUAGUCGAUGUUUGCGCCCAAUUAGCCAAACGGAUCCCCCGACAGAAGUUCACACUCUGUAUAGUCUCGCGAGGAUUCCUAUCCUUUCACAACAAUUAUAAUAAAAAUCUUAUUCUCGACAUUAAAGUCGCCGCUUGAAUGCAAUUAUCAACAAAAAUAUUUAUUAUGGAUUUUCUCACACC